CAGCCUUACAAUUCCCCACAAACUAUGUACUCACAUUCUAAUAUCACCCCAAAUAUCCUUUCAAAUUCCUUGAAUUUCAUAAUCAUCUAUUAACCUUUCAAGAAAAAAAAAAAAAAAAAAAAAAAAAGCAUAGGAAGAAUAAUGCCAAUGGCAGCAAUAGGACCAACAACAACACCAGUCAAAUUGCGUACCUCUAUCUUUAAUCCUCAUUUAUCUAGUCUUUCUCCAUCUCAACAAUGCAUAAAUUUUACCAAGUCGCUUGAUUCGUUUCCUACUGCGGGCAAUAGGAAACAUUUAGCAGCCGGAGUUAGGUGUGCAGCUGUAGGAACAGCUGCCGAGGCUGCAGAAACAAAGCCUAGGACUAAGAGUAAAUUUGAGAUUCAGACACUAACUGGUUGGCUGCUUAAGCAGGAACAAGCAGGGGUUAUUGAUGCAGAGCUUACUAUUGUACUGUCUAGCAUCUCCAUGGCUUGUAAACAAAUUGCUUCGUUGGUUCAACGCGCUGGUAUUUCUAACCUUACUGGAAUUCAAGGGGCUGUUAAUGUCCAAGGAGAGGAUCAGAAGAAACUUGAUGUUGUCUCCAAUGAGGUGUUUUCAAACUGCUUGAGAUCAAGUGGGAGGACAGGGAUAAUUGCAUCAGAAGAAGAGGAUGUACCAGUGGCAGUCGAAGAGAGCUAUUCCGGAAACUAUAUUGUUGUGUUUGAUCCACUUGAUGGAUCAUCCAACAUCGAUGCAGCUGUCUCAACUGGUUCCAUCUUCGGAAUUUAUAGCCCAAAUGAUGAGUGCAUUGUCGACUCUGACAAUGAAGAUGAGCUAAGCGCCGAAGAACAGAGGUGUGUGGUGAAUGUUUGUCAGCCAGGGGAUAACCUAUUAGCAGCAGGGUAUUGUAUGUAUUCCAGCUCUGUAAUCUUUGUACUUACCAUUGGAAAAGGGGUGUAUGCAUUCACAUUAGAUCCCAUGUAUGGCGAAUUUGUCCUCACUCAAGAAGACAUCAAGAUACCUAAAGCAGGGAAAAUCUAUUCAUUCAAUGAAGGUAACUACAAAAUGUGGGAUGACAAAUUGAAGAAGUACAUGGAUGACCUUAAAGACCCUGGAUCGUCUGGAAAGCCGUACUCGGCUCGUUACAUCGGAAGUUUGGUCGGGGACUUUCAUCGAACACUUCUAUAUGGUGGCAUUUAUGGGUACCCAAGAGAUUCUAAGAGCAAAAACGGGAAGUUGAGGCUCUUGUACGAAUGUGCACCCAUGAGCUUUAUAGUAGAACAGGCUGGUGGAAAAGGAUCUGAUGGCCAUAAUAGAAUUCUCGACAUUCAACCUACAGAGAUACACCAACGUGUGCCGCUCUACAUUGGAAGUGAGGACGAAGUAGAGAAAUUAGAGAAGUAUUUAGCAUAAAAAUUCCAUUAAUAAGCAAAAAAGUUAGACUUUAUUUGUCUAUAAAAUGUUAUGCUCCUAAUCAUUUUUCUUAAGAAUUGGCUAUUUAUGGUUUAUAUAUUGUAAGGGCCAGAAACUAAUUCCCUUAUGGCCUAUUUUGUAUGGAACAUUUCAUUGGAAAUGCUGAAAUUGACCCAAUUGCCUUGUUUGGAUAUGCUUGUAAUAUGAAAAUUGGAUUUGGCCCAA